CAAAGCCAGAGAUGGCAUUUCACGCCAAUCUCUCUUUCAUGGACCUGAUCACCACGACGCAGCUUUGCCAUCAUGACUGGAACCCAGGCACUUCAGAGGCAAGUUUCGUGACAUCAUUAUCUCCACUGGAUGACGAUAAUGUCAAUUGCACACGAGAUCAACUUCGAUCCCUGAGCUCAGAGGCGAGCUGAUCGAGCGAUAAAUUGUGUGGGAGAAUCUAUCUGUUUCUUCGUUUCUGCACUUCCACCAGAAUACACCGUUGCUAUCACCCUUGAUUCAAACCUUGACGUGAACAGUGACUAUUUUGAAUCCAUCAUGGCUCAAUCCGGACGAGACAGCGGGGGCGACCUCUUCGACAUGGCACAGGAAGGUACAAAGGUCCCGGACGACGCAGCAGAGCCUAGAUACAUACCCUCGAAUGCACGACCCGAUCAAAUAGCCUCUGAACUAGAUCGCAACGCCCUGGGUGGCCGGACACUUGCAGAGGCAGCGACCAAUGAUGGUGAUAUCCCAAGGACUACCAGUGACACUGUUGCCAAUGAUAUUCUCACUGGCACAGGAGACUCCCUGCCCUCUCAAGUCGACUCUAAACGACUGCACGCAGUGCCUGGCGGUGUCACUCACGAUCCAUUUGCCAAGGGCUCGACAAGAAUGACGGAGCACAAGGCACAGCCGUCGGAUUUUGUCAAGGGUGCGUCGGAUGGCCCGCGAACUGAUCGAGCCCCGGGCCAGGAGGGAUUAAGUGAUGAGCAGGCGAUGGACAACCUUGAGCGCAGAGGAUAGGGGUAAGAAUGGCAUGACAGCAAUUGGUAUAACAAUUGGUAUAGCGUAGGUCUUUAUCAAGGAAUACCUCAAAACAGUCCUCAACGAAAGAC